GAAAAGAAAAGUGGCACAAGUCGCUAAAGCUCAAACACGUCUAUAAAUAUAUACCUGUCUAUCAUGAGUAUAGUACUUGUGAUUUUAUUUUGAAGUGUUCAAAAUUUUCUUUUAUAUUACUGUUUUCAAGCCCACUCACUUGUGCAAUGAUUUCCCCAAGCGCCCUCGUAUUUCAGGUGAACCGUUUGAAGCCAGAACUUAUAAAACCGUCGAAGCCAACACCUCAUGAAACGAAGCUACUGUCAAAUGUUGAUGACCAGGAAAGCCUUAGGUUUCAGAUUCCCGUCAUAAUGUCUUACAGGAACAAUAAUCCUUCCUCAAUGAACGCAAAUCGUGAUCCGGUUAAGGUGAUUAGGGAAGGACUAAGUAGGGCAUUAGUGUAUUACUACCCUAUGGCUGGUAGGCUCAGGGAAGGGCCUAACAGAAAGCUUAUGGUGGAGUGCAAUGGAGAAGGUGUCUUGUUCAUAGAAGGGAAUGCUGACGUCACGCUUGCGCAACUCGGGGACACGAUUGCACCCCCUUCUCCAUUCUUAGAGGAGUUUCUUUAUAAUGUUCCAGGCUCUGAUGGGAUUCUUGGUUGCCCUCUGUUGCUGAUUCAGGUAACCCGUCUUUCAUGUGGAGGUUUUAUACUUGCAUUGCGCCUAAAUCACACAAUGUGUGACGCAGCUGGGCUUGUCCAGUUCUUGAAAGCCGUUGGGGAGAUGGCACAAGGUGCACAAGCUCCAUCUACUACACCAGUGUGGGAGCGAGAGCUCUUGGGUGCUCGAGAUCCGCCACGAAUUACGUGUGUGCAUCAUGAAUAUGAAGAGGGGAUUGAUGCUCAAGGCCCGUUUCCAAGAACUAACAAGCCAAACAUGGUCCAACGAUCUUUCUAUUUUGGGGCCAAGGAGAUAAAGGCCAUUCGGAAUCAUAUUCCACCGCAGUUAUCAACCUGCACUACAUUUGAUUUGAUAACAGCUUGUUUGUGGAAAUGCCGCACACUUGCACUUAGAAUGAAUCCAAAACAAGUUGUUCGCCUUUCAUGCUUAGUCAGUGGGCGCGGUAAGCGCCACAAUGUACGUCUUCCCUUGGGAUAUUAUGGCAAUGCGGUUGCAUUUCCUGCUGCAGUUUCAGAGGCUAAAGCUAUAUGUACAAAUUCACUGGGAUAUGCUUUGGAGUUGGUAAUGAAGGUAAAAGCUACAGUGAAUGAAGAGUACAUGAGAUCAGUUGCAGAUCUUAUGGAAAUAAGAGGACGACUACCAAAAUAUCCAUUGACAGGAAACUUCAUAGUUUCCGAUGCAUGUACAAAUAAGAGGAAAUUUGCAGCUCAUGAAAAAGUGAUGCAAACUGAAGACUGCAAUGCGGUGUUAGUCAAGAAAUUGCCUCCAAAACUGAAGGACCCAGGGAGUUUUAUAAUUCCUUCGAUUAGGUAUUGGAGAGCUCAAGUACUACCGUUGAUCAGAGUGAAGCAAUUUGUGUUGCCGGCUGAUUUCUUUGUUCUUGACCUGGAGGAAGACCAUGGCAUCCCACUCUUGCAAGACCGGCCCUUCCUUGCUACUGCUGGUGCAUUGAUUGAUGUACAACAAGAAACUUUAACUUUGAGAGUUCAAGGUGAAUCCAUUGAGUUCAACCUCAUAGAUCUUCUUGACUCAAUUGUAUAUGUCAACUACUUGAAAAACACCUCUACGGAUGAGAACAUAGUUGACAGGUUAGGGAGAACAGAGUUGACAGGUGAGGGAUAUGUUGAUCGAUGGUGCGACUUUUGA